AUGAAUUUCAUAAUAAUUGCAUCUUUACUCACAGUUGAUCUAUUGGGGUAAUCAAAUUUGAGACCUGCUGAAAAAAAAUUUGUAUCUGAAACAAUAAAAGAAACAAUAAAAAGAGUAAAUUUAUAGCUAAAAAAAAUAUCUGAAAAAAUGAAAGACAAUAAUCUUAAAUACACUUUUAUAAAUUCAUUUCCAAAUACUCUUGAUACAACAGUAAUAAGCUAUGAUCCAAACAUACCAGAUAGUUUUGUGAUUACUGGUGAUAUUACCGCUAUGUGGCUAAGAGAUAGUACUAAUUAAUUAUGGACCUACAUGGAGUUUGUUAAUAUAGAUAGCAAAUUAUAAAAUUUAGUAAAGGGAGCAAUAAAUCGUCAAAUUAAUUAAGUCUUAAUCGAUCCAUAUGCUAAUGCAUUUAAUUAUCAAAAAAAAAAUCGGAUUGGAGUAAUGAAAAUACAACUCGCUGUUUUUUAGGAGUUAAUGUACAUGCAAUGUCAUAGCAUUUCCAUGAGAGGAAAUUCGAAAUUGAUUCAUUAGUUGCUGUUUUAAGAUUAUCUGUUGGCUAUUACAGAAAAACAAAUGACACAUCAAUAAUAAAUUUCAAAUACUCAAAGGCUGUUUAAAGAAUAUUGAGAACAUUUAGAGAUUCAUAAGCCGAUCAACAAGAAUAAUUUAAAAGUUUUAGAUUUCCAUACACAUUUUAAAGAAAUGCUAGGUCAACAGAUACAGUGAUCAAUGGUAUAGGUGAACCAGUUAAAAGAACUGGAAUGUUGAGAACAUUUUUUAGAGCUUCCGAUGAUUCUACCGUCUAUUAAUUUAAUAUUCCCGAAAAUGCAAUGGCUGCAGCAGUUUUAAAAUAAACAGCUGAAAUGUUAAGUGAAGCUUAACUAUCUUGGCCUUUAAGACAAGCAGCUGAACCAUUAAUUAAGGAAGCUUUAGCAUUAUCAUAAGAGAUAAAAGAUGCAAUUUAUAAAUAUGGAAUAAAGGAUGGAGCAUUUGUUUAUGAGGUUGAUGGAAUGGGUAAAUAAGUAUUUAUGGAUGAUUCAAAUUAACCAAGUUUGCUUUCCUUACCAAUAUAUGGAUUUAUAGAAAUAGAUGAUCCAUUGUAUCAGGCAACAAGAAAAAAAGCAUUAAGUUCAUCAAAUCCUUAUUAUUAUGAAGGUACAGCAGCUAAAGGAAUUGGAGGUCCUCAUAUAGGAACUAAUUAUAAUUGGCCAAUGGCAAUUAUUACUUAAGGAUUGACUACUAAUAAUAAACAAGAAUUAAGAGAAUGCUUGAGAAUGCUUGUAACAACUACAGGAAAUAAAUGGUUUAUGCAUGAAAGUUUUUUUAAGGACAAUCCAAACCGUUUCACAAAACCUUUGUUUGCCUGGGCAAAUGGAUUAUUUGGAGAAUUAGUCUUAAAAAUAGAUAAGGUAUACCCAGACCUAUUAGAAGAGAAUUAUGCUUGA